GUGGCCAUAGCCCGGCCCCUCAUGUCGGCGCAGGCGGAGCGGCCCCGGCUUCCUGCCUUUCCUCCUCGGCGCGCCGGCAGCACGCAGGCCUGCUCGCAGUGCCAGGCCGCCGCGGGAGUCUGCCUCGACCGGGAUCUGCCUCCGGAAGCCCUGGUUAGGUGGGAUGCGGUCAGGCCUCCCUGCUGUCCCGGCCUGCUGAGCAGCAAGUAGUUAGCUGAGCCUGUGGUAACUUCGAGUUUAGUGCAAAUCAGUCGCACUGCGUCAUGGCAGCAGACUCUAUGGAAAUCGACGAUGCUUUAUAUAGUCGGCAGAGGUAUGUUCUUGGAGACACAGCAAUGCAGAAGAUGGCUCAGUCCCAUGUGUUCCUGAGUGGUGUAGGUGGUCUUGGUGUGGAGAUUGCCAAAAAUAUAAUUCUGGCUGGCGUAAAGGCUCUUACAGUCCAUGACACCAAGCAAUGCACAAAGUGGGAUUUAGGGACCAACUUCUUCAUCCACGAAGAUGACAUAAUCAGUCAGAGGAACAGGGCUGAGGCCACUCUUCAUCACAUUGCAGAACUUAAUCCAUAUGUGCAUGUAGCAGCAUCAACUGUGCCACUAGAUGAAAGCAUAGAUCUGUCUUUCCUAAAGCAAUAUCAGUGUGUCAUAUUGACUGAAGUAAGCCUGUCGCUGCAGAAGAAGAUUAAUGACUUCUGUCAUGCUCAGCAGCCACCCAUUAAGUUCAUCAGUGCAGAUGUAUAUGGCAUAUGUUCACGUCUGUUUUGUGACUUUGGUGAUGAAUUUGAGGUGUUGGAUACAACAGGAGAGGAGCCAAAGGAGAUCUUCAUUUCAAAUAUUACGCAAUCAAAUCCUGGUAUCGUCACUUGCCUUGAAAAUCAUCCACACAGGCUUGAAACAGGACAGUUCUUAACCUUUCGGGAAGUAAAUGGGAUGUCGUGUUUAAAUGGCACCACGCACCAGAUAACAGUGGUGUCACCAUACUCCUUCAGCAUCGGAAAUACAUCAGACAUGGAGCCUUAUUUGCAUGGUGGCAUAGCUGUCCAAGUGAAGACACCCAAGAUGUUUUACUUUGAACGGUUGGAGAAGCAGCUAACAAAUCCAAUGUGCCUAAUUGCAGAUUUUAUCAAGCCUGAGGCACCUUUGCAAAUCCACGUUGCCAUGCUCGCAUUGAACCACUUUGAGGAGAACUUUGGUCGCAUGCCAAACAUUGGAUGCAAUCAAGAUGCUGAGGAAAUGCUGAAAAUAGCCAUGUCAGUAAGUGAAACCCUGGAAAACAAACCUCAGGUAAAUGGAGAUAUAGUGAAGUGGCUGUCCAGAACUGCUCGGGGAUUUUUAGCUCCUCUGGCGGCAGCAGUGGGUGGUGUGGCUAGCCAGGAGGUCCUGAAAGCAGUAACAGGAAAAUUUUCUCCAUUGCAGCAAUGGUUAUAUAUAGAUAUGUUAGACAUUGUUACUCCUCUAGAAAAGAUGGGCUCUGAAGAAUUUCUUCCACGGGGAGAUAGGUAUGAUGCCUUGAGGGCCUGUAUUGGAGAAUCUCUAUGCCAGAAGCUGCAUGAUUUGAAUGUUUUCUUGGUUGGCUGCGGAGCAAUAGGCUGUGAAAUGCUGAAAAACUUUGCACUUCUUGGUGUUGGUACUGGGCAAGAUAAAGGGUUGGUUACAAUUACAGAUCCAGACUUGAUAGAAAAAUCCAACCUGAACAGACAGUUUCUUUUUCGACCUCAUCACAUACAGAAACCUAAAAGCUAUACUGCAGCAGAAGCAACUCUGAACAUCAAUCCUUGCUUAAAAAUUGAUUCAUACAUUAAUAAAGUUUGUCCAGCCACUGAAAACACUUACAGUGAUGAAUUCUACACCAAGCAAGAUGUGAUUGUGACUGCUUUGGACAAUGUGGAAGCAAGGAGAUACAUUGAUAGUCGUUGUGUAGCAAACCUGCGUCCUCUGAUAGACUCUGGAACCAUGGGAACAAAAGGACACACAGAAGUUGUUGUGCCUCAUCUGACAGAGUCAUAUAAUAGUCACCGGGAUCCACCAGAAGAGGAAAUACCUUUUUGCACCUUGAAGUCUUUUCCAGCUGCCAUUGAACAUACAAUACAGUGGGCAAGAGAUAAGUUUGAAAGUUUGUUUUCUCACAAGCCUUCAUUGUUUAACAAGUUUUGGCAGACCUAUCCAUCUGCAGAGGAAGUUUUACAGAGAAUGAAAUCAGGGGAGAGUUUAGAAGGCUGUUUUCAUGUUAUUAAAACACUCAGCAGAAGACCCCGAAAUUGGACUCAGUGUGUGGAACUUGCAAGAGUAAAGUUUGAGAAGUAUUUUAGCCACAAGGCUCUUCAGCUUCUUCAUUCAUUUCCCCUUGAUACACGGUUAAAAGAUGGAAGUUUGUUCUGGCAGUCACCAAAGAGGCCGCCUUUCCCAGUGAAGUUUGAUUUUAAUGAUCCUGUGCACUAUGAUUUCAUUGUGAGUGCAGCAAAACUCUUCGCUACAGUGUACUGUGUUCCUUUCACAGAACAGGAUUUGUCAGAAGAAACUAUUCUGAAGAUAACUUCGUCUGUGGAGGUACCAGAGUUCAGACCUUCAAACAAAGUCGUACAGACUGAUGAAACUGCAAGAAAACCCGAUCAUAUUCCAGUCAGCAGUGAGGAUGAAAGAAAUGCUGUUUUCCAGCUGGAGAAGUCUAUACUGUCCAAUGAAGCUCUGCAAAAUGACUUAGAAAUGAAGCCCAUUGCCUUUGAAAAAGAUGAUGAUAGUAACGGACAUGUAGAUUUCAUAACAGCAGCAUCAAACUUGCGAGCCAAGAUGUACAACAUUGAACCAGCUGAUAGAUUCAAAACAAAGCGCAUUGCUGGCAAGAUUAUUCCUGCAAUUGCAACAGCUACUGCUGCAGUUUCAGGGCUGGUUGCACUGGAACUCAUCAAAGUUGUGGGUGGUUACCCAGCUGAUGCAUACAAGAACUGUUUUCUGAACCUAGCCAUUCCCAUAAUGGUCUUCACAGAAACAGCUAAAGUAAGAAGAACUGAAAUCAGAAAUGGGAUAUCAUUUACCAUCUGGGACAGGUGGACAGUUUAUGGAAAGGAGGAUUUUACACUGUUGGACUUCAUAAACGCUGUCAGAGAGAAAUACGGAAUUGAACCAACUAUGGUUGUACAGGGAGUCAAAAUGCUGUAUGUUCCUGUGAUGCCAGGUCACAUUAAAAGAUUAAAGCUGACGAUGCAAAAGCUUGUGAAGCCAUCAGCUGACAAAAAGUAUGUGGACUUGACAGUAUCGUUUGCUCCAGAGACUGAUGGAGAUGAAGACUUGCCAGGGCCACCAGUGAGAUACUACUUUGUUCAGGAAGACAAUUGAUGGUAGAGAUACAGAAGUCACUCCAGGACCAUUUGUUUUGAAAGGAGUGUGCUAAUUUUCAGUUAUUAAAGAUGGUACUAUCCUUUUUUUUUUUUUUUUUUUUUUUUUUUUUUUU